GCUGCGGAUGCUAAAAUUGUGCCUGUCAUGUUGUGACCUGACUCCUGUGGACAGUUGAUGCUUGUGCCAACAUUUGGGCAUAUUUCUGCAGAGCAAAAUCUAAAAGAUUAUCAUUUGCCAGAUAGAAGCUUUUAGCUAUCCAUGUCAGCAGCCCAAUGGCCCACAUGCAAAAAAAAGACAUCAAUUACACCAAUUAAGCUUAAUGCUUGUUCAUUUUUCUAAGUGGACAUGCAAAAAGGAAAACCUGUUCGUUCGUUUGGAACGCAAGUAGUGGUGGUCAGGUGGUGUUUUUUUUUUUUAUUAUUAUUGAAUUCAUAAAUGUGUUGAAUAAAUAGAUUUCUACAACAGGUUGACUGCUAAAAAUGAUGGGUGUUCUCCAAAAACAGAAGAGAGGGAGAAUACAACGUUUGAAAUGGAGAUUUGGACAUUGUAACUCAGCGGCCUGGAUCACAAAUAAUACCUUGAAUGACAUCAAACGAAUCAACAAAACUCACUGGUGCCAGUGUGGUGCAAAAGAUAGCUGGUCACCAAGGCAAAUUAAAAUAGAAUCUGUUUCAAAGUGACCGCAUUUUCAACAUCUCUCCAUAAUGUCUGUUUAAAGUAGGUUUAUUAUUAUUACUAUUACUAUUAUUAUUAUUAUAGUGGGCGCCGGCUUGGGGGUGUGGCUCCACUGGUGCUGUGCUCUGCUCGAUCCGGUUGCACAGGAGAGGAGCCAGCUUUGCCAGAUCAUUCAGCUUAUGAGCACCGAGUACACGCAGCAUCGGACGGCAUGGCUUCGUCUCAUGGGAAGAAUGAACUCCGCCUUGCAGACUGGAUGGCAAGUUUGCCGGAGAACCUUCACAGCACCCCUCUGACUAACCUGGCUAUACCCGGUUCCCAUGAUUCCUUUAGCUUCUACAUUGAUGAGGCCUCUCCUGUGGGUCCAGAGCAGCCGGAGACUGUGCAGAACUUCGUCUCCGUGUUUGGCACGGUGGCCAAGAAGCUGAUGCGCAAGUGGCUGGCCACGCAGACCAUGAACUUCAGCAGCCAGCUGGACGCCGGCGUGCGCUUUUUCGACUUGCGCAUCUCCACCAAGCCGCGCGACCCCGACAACGAGCUCUACUUCGCCCAUGGGCUCUUCAGCGCCACGGUUCGCGAGGGCCUGGAGCAGAUCAGUGCCUUCCUGGCCUCGCACGCGCGCGAGGUGGUCUUCUUGGACUUCAACCACUUCUACGGCAUGCAGAACCUCCACCACGAGAAACUGGUGCAAAUGCUGCGCACCGUCUUCGGCGACCGCCUCUGCCCGGUCAUCUUCGCCCAGGAGGUCAGCCUCAAGUACCUGUGGGAGAAGGAGUACCAGGUGCUGGUCUUCUACCACAACCCCAUGGCGCUGGACGUGCCAUUCCUGUGGCCGGGGCAGAUGAUGCCAUCGCCUUGGGCCAACACCACCGACCCGGACAAGCUCAUCCAGUUCCUGCAGACGUCAGUGACUGACCGCCGACACAAGGGGACCUUCUUCGUGUCGCAGGUGGUGCUGACCCCCAAGGCCAGCACAGUGAUGAAGGGAGUGGCCAGUGGAUUGCGGGAGACCAUCACAGAGAGGGCCCUGCCCGGCAUGAUGCAAUGGAUCCGCUCGCAGCGGGCGGGCGAGAGCGGCAUCAACAUCAUCACGGCCGACUUCGUGGAACUGGGCGACUUCGUCAGUGCCGUCAUCACCCUCAACUACCUGCUGGAAGAGGAGGGCGAGAACGCCACCUGAUCACCCAUGCCCCCCCCCCACACACACACACAAACACCCACGAUCCUACACACCUCCGCUGUGAGAUGCCAUCUCUUUCCUUUGACCCAUCUCGUGGGUGGGAAAAUUAUCCUUUCUACUGACGUUUUAGGGCUACCCGUUUCUAAAGCGAGAGCUUUUUUUUCCGACAGAAGGAAGUAGUCUGACUUCAGUUUGGUGAGGUGGGGAGAAUUUUUUAUUUGAAUUACUGGGGUAAAAAGGGCAAUUCUUUGACUGCUGAUCUGCUUCUCAUCGGUUGCACUUGAAACUAAUCAUGUUCAUAUACUGAAAUGUUAGUUGUGCUAAAAGCCUCUUCUCUGUUAUCAAAGAAACUCACCUCUUCCUCAGCAUAUCCCACCUGAGAUAAAUGUUCUUUGUAUAGUGACCGUGUUUGACCAUGGGCUUGCGGUGGAGUUAACUGUACUUAGUAUUGUAAAUUGUACGCCCAUUAAUCUGUAGUUGUUUAUAACUGUUUAUAUUCGUUUACAGUUUCAGCAAGAUAGAGUCUGUCACGCUAUGUGGUCUAUUCUGUCUGCUGAUGUAUACUGUAGCAAACUUUCCCUCCAAAUCAUUUAAAUAUCCCAUGGGUUCAAAAGCCUGCCACUCAGUAUGUCUUCACAUACGUAAUUGUUUGUUUUCUCAGUUGUGUAUGUAGAGAGGAGGAGGUAGGCCAAUGUUUUCAUGUGCACAUUUACCCGUUUUAGCCAUGUACACCGCCACCAUUUCAACAUUUAGCCCAAAAAAUAUGCAUUUGUUUUGUUAAUUGACCCUUUGGUGCCAAAAAUUGCAUUUUGUCGAGUCUUGACCAAGGAGCCUGAAGUCUUGUUCUUGUACAUGAAGUUGUAUUGAUGGGGUAAUGGGGUGCUUCGUUGCUAAAUGAAAUUUAAGAUGUUGGAGAGAUUUUUGUUCUAGGUGCAAUAAUUUGUGUAUCUAAAAGGUAUUCCCGUUGUUUUAUCUCUUCAAGUGACCAUUUAUGUUUAUGAGUCUUUGAAAUGAAACUCUCUUAUGUGAACACAUACUGUAAUGUGUUAACACAGCAUAACAUGUGUACACACACUCCCUGUAUGACUCAUGCCUAGAUUAGUCUAUAGCUAUAACUGUAUAUGUGAUGUCUGGCUUUGGGCAACUGGAGACUGGUGGUGGAGAGGCAAUGCCAUGCUAUUUGUACUUCCUAUACUGAAUGUUUGUGACCUACUUACAAUGCUGAGCAAUCUGUAUUCAUUUCAAAAGACGGAGAGACAGUUUUUAUCCUCUUUUAUUAGUUUGUUCGAGCCAUUGGUAGUAGUAGGGCAUGUAAAUGGAUUUAUUGUUUAAUUGUUUUUUAUGUUCAUUUCAUGAGCUGUACAGAUUGAUUUUACAGAAUCUCUGACUGAGUGUUCUUUGCAUUCAGCAAAUUGCUUGAUGAUAUUUCUGUACUUUAAGCUGGAAGGAAUGUGAUCUGUUCUUUGGUUCUGUAAUUAAUAUUAUUGAUGUCAACCAAAAAAGGGAAAUUACUCAUUUUAAAAUAUAAUUGACUGUUUUCAAUGUUUUUUUUUUUCACUUUGUAUCUGUGUGUGUGUGUGUGUGUGUGAGAGAAAGAGAGAGAAAGAGAGAGAGAGAGAGAUGAUGGAUGAUGAUGAAAAUAUAUGAAAUAUGAACUUUCUUUGGCAUUAACACAACACAAUCACAACACAAUAUGACACAAUCACAACACAAUAUGACACAAUCACAACACAAUAUGACACAACUCUCAGUGUCAGAAUGUGACCUCCUUGCUGAAGACCUCUCAGAUCCUCCCCAAAACAUUAACCUCUGGCUAGGGAAAUUGACCCGAGGCAGCUGGAGCUGUGUGCCUGGGCAUAUGGCCGCUUGAUUGACAAAAUUGAUUUGCUUUGAGCUUCUCUCCUCCCACUACGUGAGCCGUAUCACUGAAAACAAAUCACUGCUCAACUCUUAGUGUAGCCAUAUUGGAGAAUGAGAGCGCUCUUUUAUGGAUGGUGGGUGCACAUUAGCCAUUAGAUGAUCCUGUCACCCUUAUCGUCGCAUACCUUGUUUUGAUUGAAAAUGGUUUCUCAAUUGCAUUGUAGGCCCACAGAAUGGUGAAUUACUGUUACAUUUAUGUGAUUUAUAUUCAUAUUUGGACUCUCAGUUACAGACAGCACUCUCUGUAGAGGUACUUCAGAGCAAAGCUGUUUGAAAACUUAAACAAGUAAUUUAUUCACUGAACUUGAAAGUGAGCAAAUCAAACAUGGAUACAGACAUAGCAUAGCAGCAAACAUGCAUUAAAACAAAACUGCCCCUUAUAAAUCAUAUGCACCUCAGGAUUGUGUCUUGGAAGUGGUUUUCAAAAAUAUGUUUUGUCCUGUGAAAAGAGACAUUGUUUUUUUUUCUCUGACUAAUGUUUCAAUCAACCUGCUCCUGUUGAUGCUCUGAUGUCUUUUGAUCUUCUCUUGUUGUGGUCAUGGCCCCCGAGUGUUCGUGUACAAGCCCCCGGCACAGCUUCACAAUAAAAUGCAGCGUUAUUUUACU